AUGACUGACAUUAUCCUCUUCCACUACCCUCGCCCGCCCUUCUCCGCGCGAGUCCUCUACUACCUGGCCUUCCGGGGGAUCCCCUACGACCAAUGUAUCCAACCCCAGAUCCUCCCCCGCCCUGACCUCGCUCGCCUCGGAAUCCGCUACCGUCGCAUCCCGCUGCUCUCCAUCAGUCGCGAUGUCUACCUCGAUUCUCCCCUGAUCCUGCGUACCCUCGAGCGCAUCGAGGGCGCUAAGCCCCCGUUCGCCGCGACCUCCACCCCCGAGCAACGCGCCCUCGAACAGCUCCUCGCCAAGUUGACUCUCGAGACCGGCCUCUUCCGAAACAUCGUCCAGAUCCUCCUCCCUAAUACCCCGUUGAUGCACAAUGAAGCCUUCAUGAAAGACCGCCUGGAUAUGAUCGGUGGCGGGCCGGGCAUGGAUUUUGCGGACUUUGUCCUCGCCGGGCGACCGGGUGCUAUUCUCGAGGUGAAGAAUACGUUCGAGUUCCUGGAAACGACCUUGCUGGCAGACGGAAGGCAGUGGCUCGCAAAGACAGAGGCUCCGGGCCUUGCGGACAUCGAGAUGGUGUGGCCUCUACACUGGCUGAUUUCGGUCCCGGGCGCACUGCCUGAAGAACACAUUUCGUCGCACUUGUUUCCCAAGGUCUUUGCCUGGAUUGAUAGAUUCCAGAAGGCCUUUGGAGAGGCACAGAAAGCGCUCCGUGCCCCCGAGACGCUAUCUGGCGAGCGAGUAGCAGAACUGCUCGAAGGAGCUGCAGCGGAGGAGUCAAAGGACGUAGUUGAUGCGAGCGAUCCUCUUGUUCAAGCCAGCGGACUUCUGAAGGGACAAGUCGUUCAACUGUGGCCUACUGACAGCGGCGCCAGACACAAAACGGUCGGGAGACUGCUCGGGCUGACGGACAAGGAGAUCACCAUUGAGACCUUCGAAGGCGAUGUCUCGGUUCGAGUCCAUGCCCCAAGACGCGCUUUCCAGGUUGCUGCACUCCCGUCGGAGAAAGCACAUCUCAGUUGA